AUGUUUGGCCUGGGGAACAUCCUCUCUGGUCUAUGGAUUGCAACCGUCUUUCUCGGUCUGCCUUCCGCUGCCAAACACUCUGAAGUCACCCAAUGGCCGCUCCACAACGACGGAUAUAACAAAGCUGUGGAAUGGGAUCAUUACAGUUUCCAGGUUGAGAACCAGAGAAUCUUUAUCUUCUCAGGUGAAUUUCACUACUGGCGUAUCCCGGUCCCUGGUCUGUGGAGAGAUAUUCUCGAGAAGAUCAAAGCUGCAGGCUUUACGGCUUUCUCCUUCUACUCCAACUGGGCCUACCACGCACCAAACAAUCAGACCCUGGAUUUCUCCACGGGCGCCCAUGACAUCACUCCGAUCUUCGAACUUGCCAAGGAAUUGGGAUUAUACGUCCUAGUGCGCCCAGGGCCGUAUAUCAAUGCUGAGACUACGGCCGGCGGAUUCCCACUGUGGCUCACGACGGGUGAAUACGGCAGUCUCCGUAACAAUGACACCCGGUAUACCAAGGCUUGGACGCCAUACAUGACGGAGAUGGCCAAGAUUACCAGUCGGUACCAAGUCACUGAUGGAGAAAUGUCGAUUGGCUUCCAAAUUGAGAAUGAGUAUGGUGAUCAGUGGAUUUCGACAUCCGAAAAGACACCCAAUAACACCGCUAUUGCGUAUAUGGAGCUUCUCGAGGCCAAUGCCCGCGAGAAUGGCGUAACGAUCCCUUUGACAGCCAAUGACCCGAACAUGAAUUCGCUUUCAUGGGGAUCUGACUAUAUCACAGGAGAGGGAAACGUUGAUAUUGCCGGUGUGGAUUCCUAUCCAUCUUGCUGGACUUGCGACAUCAGUCAGUGUGAUUCUACCAACGGAGCCUAUGUGGCAUUCCAGGUAGUAGACUACUAUGACUACUUCCAGGACUACCAACCCACCCUGCCCUCGUUUAUGCCCGAAUUUCAAGGAGGCUCCUAUAACCCCUGGGGUGGACCCGAAGGCGGAUGCGCCGAGGAUUUGAACCAAGAUUUCGCCAACCUAUUCUAUCGCUGGAAUAUCGGCCAACGUAUCACAGCAAUGAGUCUGUAUAUGAUCUUCGGCGGCACAAACUGGGGUGCUAUCGCUGCACCCGUGACAGCAUCCAGUUACGACUACUCGUCACCUAUCUCAGAGGAUCGCUCUAUCGGAUCGAAGUACUACGAGACAAAGCUGCUGGCUCUGUUUACUCGUGCUGCGAAGGACCUGACCAAGACCGAUCUAAUCGGUAAUGGAACACAGUAUACUGAUAAUACGGGCGUUCGUGCAUAUGAACUGCGGAACCCGGAUACAAAUGCCGGGUUUUAUGCCACUUUCCAUUCUAACACUUCGACUUCCACGAACGAGGCCUUCCACCUCAAAAUUGACACCUCCGUUGGAAAGUUGACUGUCCCCGCACAUGGGAGUGUUAUUCGCCUGAACGGGCACCAGUCUAAGAUCGCUGUUACCGAUUUCACAUUCGGAUCUAAGAAGCUGCUUUACUCUACUGCCGAAGUCCUGACCUACGCUGUCUUUGACAAUGUGCCGACCUUGACUCUUUGGGUUCCCGCUGGGGAAUCCGGAGAAUUCAACAUCAAGGGAGCGAAGAAGGGAUCGAUUGAGUCGUGCAAAGGCUGCUCUGGAGUCAAGUUCAUCAAGGAGCACGGGGGAUUGACUGCUACAUUCACCCAGUCGUAUGGCAUGAGCGUUCUGGAAAUAGACGGUGUCCGGGUUAUCUUGCUUGACCGGACUUAUGCUUACAAGUUCUGGGUGCCUGCUCUCACGACCGACCCACUUGUCCCUGAGACGGAGAGCGUUCUCAUCCAAGGACCUUACCUCGUUCGUGGGGCCAGUAUUUCCAAGUCGAAGCUGGCAGUCACUGGUGAUAUUGUCAAUGCUACUACCAUUGAAGUCUUUGCUCCAAGGGCUGUGGAAUCCAUCACCUGGAAUGGAAAGGUUGUCAAGACAAGCCGAACGGCGUACGGCAGUUUGAAGGGCUCGAUCUCCGCACCGAAGUCUGUUACACUGCCAGCACUCACUUCAUGGAAGGCAAAGGACAGCUUGCCAGAGCGUCUCACUAACUACGAUGACUCUGGUGCGGCUUGGGUUGCUGCCGACCACAUGACUACUUUGAAUCCUAGAGAGCCCACCUCUCUCCCUGUCCUGUAUGCGGAUGAAUAUGGGUUCCACAACGGCAUCCGACUUUGGCGCGGAUAUUUCAACGGCAGUGCCACCGGUGUCAACCUCAAUGUCCAAGGAGGAACAGCCUUCGGAUAUUCAGCUUGGUUGAACGGCAAAUUGAUCGGAUCCUUCUUCGGCGACGCAACAGACGAACAAGCCAACCUCACUCUCUCAUUUACCAACGCAACCGUCAGCACCAGUACCCCUAAUGUCCUCCUAGUAGUCCACGAUGACACAGGCCACGACGAAACAACCGGAGCUCUGAACCCCCGCGGAAUCCUCGACGUUGACCUCCUCGGUUCCUCUACGGGCUUUACUCACUGGCGUAUCGCCGGAACAGCAGGCGGCGAGUCCAACCUCGACCCCGUCCGCGGUGCCUACAAUGAAGACGGACUCUACGCUGAGCGGGUUGGCUGGCAUCUCCCAGGAUUUGACGAUUCGACGUGGGAGAGCGUCAGCGACAGUUCAAGCCUAAGCUUCGAGGGUGCCACAGUUCGAUUCUUCCGUACAGUCGUUUCAUUGGAUCUCCCAUCCGGGCAUGAUAUCUCGAUCUCGUUCGUCUUGGGUACGCCAUCUGGAUCGGCGAUUACCUACCGGUCACAGCUAUUUGUGAACGGAUAUCAGUACGGACGGUUUAACCCGUAUAUUGGAAACCAGGUGGAAUUCCCCGUUCCACUUGGUAUCUUGAAUUAUAGUGGUGAGAAUACUAUUUCAGUGGCUGUUUGGGCGCAGUCGGAAGAAGGGGCUGCUAUUUCGGUGGAUUGGAAGGUGAAUUAUGUGGCUGAUAGCUCGUUGGAUGCGAGUGAGAUUAAUGACGCUAGCCUACGGCCUUCUUGGACGGAGGAGAGGCUCAAGUAUGCGUAG